CCGCCACCGCCUGGGCCCAGUCUGCAAUCCCACAUCUGAUAUCUGCGUGAAUCAUCUCGGCUUCAAGCGCUCCUUGUCCAGCUAAGAAACCACAAAAGACAUUUGAAGCAAGCAGUGGCUCGUUGUUAUCAGUCUCAUUAGCGCAUCUCUGCCUCUUCAGUCGUUGUCGUCCUCGUCACCGGUUGUCCCAGCAGCUAAUCAGCCAACCAACUUAUCAACCCAUCGAUCACUCAUCCUCAACUCUCCCCUCUAUACACUCCACAAGCAUCCAGCAUCUUCACCAUGAGCUCGCUAGAUUCUACUCCCUCAGCUCCGAAGCCGACUGCAUCCGUCAAGCUCGUCCUCCUCGGUGAAGCCGCGGUCGGCAAAUCGAGCUUGGUCCUGCGAUUCGUGAGCAACGACUUUCAAGAGAACAAAGAACCGACUAUCGGUGCUGCAUUCCUUACCCAGAAGUGCACCCUCCCAAACAGAACUAUCAAGUUCGAGAUAUGGGACACCGCAGGCCAAGAGCGAUUUGCGUCGCUCGCGCCGAUGUACUACAGAAACGCGCAGACCGCGUUAGUAGUCUACGAUCUCACAAAACCGACGUCGCUGAUCAAAGCCCGCCACUGGGUGAACGAGCUGCACGCGCAGGCGAGCCCGAAGAUUGUGAUUGCGCUCGUGGGCAACAAGCUCGAUCUGUGCGAUAGCGAGGGCGGCGAGGCCUCGACCGACGACGACGAGGACCGUCGCAAGAUCUCGACGGAGGAAGGCCGCAAGUUUGCGGAGGAGGAAGGCUUGCUUUUCUUUGAGACCUCUGCCAAGACCGGCGCGAACGUGCGCGACGUCUUCCUUGCGAUCGCGUCGAAGAUCCCGGAGGAGAUUGUCAAUAAGCGCGGAGGCGCGGCCGGCGCAAAGGGACGUGCUGGUGCGGGCGAGCGGGGCGUCGAUUUGGAGUCGCGGGCGGGCGAGAACGGAGCACAGGGAUGUGCAUGCUAAACAGUGUGCAUGUUGGUAACGGACGGUGUUGGUUUUAGUUUUAGUUUUCUUUUUUUUCUCUGUUUAGUCUUGUUUACUCUUGUUUUAAGCGGGAUAUGUCUGGAUUUUGGAUUUGCUUGAUUUGUAGCUUUUUAUCUAUGUUUUUUGUCGUUUUCGUUUGUAAGAAGAGGCGGGUUGAGUUACUAGCAAGCAAUGUUUGCUCGUAAAGGCCUUUCAUCUUUUGUUUGUUUGUAAUGU